AUGCAUAUUUAUUUCAGGGCCAUCUCUUUUGUAUUUGUCUUGCAAAGACGAACAAAAUACGAAUCUGUGCCUAUCGAAUAUUUCCCCCCUUCUUUAUUGGAGGUGACGCGUCAAGAUAUUUUGACCUCAUUGGCACUACCCGAUUCACUUGACCCUCACAUUUAUAUGGCUGUUAAAACCAUUAUCUGCGACUUUCACGAGAACAAGAUCAAGAACUUGACAGCACGGCAUUAUUUGAUCAAUCUUGCAAUGACAAAGGAAAAUGUGGAACGCAACGUCAUUUUAGCUAUUGAAUCUCUAUUCCCUGUGCUCAAGGAUUUAGAUAUCGGUCCUCUUCGUGAAUCCGAACUUGCCGCCUCAUAUACUCAUCCUGUUAUCCAAGCCUUAUUAUCUUAUGAUACCGAUGGUAAGGUUGCAAGAUGUGCCAACUGCAUCCCAGACAAUGGCAUGGACGAGAAUCGACGGCCAGAUUACGAAGUCAUGGUGUAUGAGCAGUAUCUACCAUCUUAUCGAACAUGUUUUGGAGAACUCAAAGGUGAAGGAUCCUCUGAUACAUUAUCAGUAAUGGACUUUUAUCGCUUGGGUAUAUUUGCAAAAUUGGAAAUGGUAUCUAGUAACCUCACCGGUGUACUAUGCUUCCAAGCGCGUGAACUUACAACUAUUACAUUACCCGAGAACAGGAAUGAAACCAUCUCAGUGCUGAGUAUUUUGGAUGAUCUUUACAAAAUUGCCAUGUAUCAUAGCACACUUGUGCGGUCCCAGACCCCAAAUACCAAGCACCCGACGCUGCCGUUCGAAUUCGUGCAAGGCUCAAAAAGAACAUUGCCAGCAAAACGCAAGCCUUCCUUGGGAUUAAUUUCUAUCAAGUAA